GUCACAAUAGCAAAGACAGUGAGUAGUGUGAGUAAACCAGCAGGUGAGUAAUUCAUUGAGUCUGGCUGGGUUUAAAGGGUCAAGGAAGGUCACAAUAGCAAAGACAGUGAGUAGUGUGAGUAAACCAGCAGGUGAGUAAUUCAUUGAGUCUGGCUGGGUUUAAAGGGUCAAGGAAGGUCAAUAGCAAAGACAGUGAGUAGUGUGAGUAAACCAGCAGAAAGGAACAAAAAACAUGGCUGCAGAUUUGGCUGCAAUGAAAAUUAAGAUGGCUUACAGCCACCUGGAAAAGAUUUCAGAGUUUGAAAAAAGAGGAAUCAAUGGUGCUGGCAAACUAAAGAAAAGGAUUCAGGCAGAAAUCAACUUCUUGCAAAAAGGACUGGAGAAUUCAGGCCUGGAAGAAAAAGAUGUGCAGUGUUCAAAUUUAGGGCAGCUUGGAGCACUUGCAGAUGUUGCCAUGGACAUACCUAGUGUGUGUGGAAUACUACAAUCUUUCAGAAAUGAAGAUAAUGAUAAGAUAAUAAUUGACAUUGUUGGUGACAAUGGAAUGAAAUGGAUCAAGGUGAUCAUGCGUAACCCCAAAGCCCUUCACCUCCUGUUUGCCCUGGGCCGAAGGGGUAAUGCUAAGCCUCUCAACGAAGUGGCAGUGGACUUUCUGAGAUGUGCUGAGCUGCACCCUGUCUUUUACUGCACCCCAAAGGUUGUGUUCUGGUUCUGCAAUGGGGUAAGUGAAGGCUUGGCCGGAAGCAUUGAAGAGAAGGGUGCUGCUGUUGAAGGGAGAAGAAUACCGGACCAAGACCUUGGACUCCCAGACUUUUCCCUGGAUGACUCGGACUCUAACUCUGAGACAGAUGAGUCAAGUGCUUCCUCCUGCUACUCAGAGGCUUCAGAAGAUGACAAAAUGUUUCUCAGCAACAACAGUAAAGACUCAAAUGUAGAUGAAAUUGGAAAUUUUUCUCCAGUAACAAUGCAUUCAGGAAGACCUACCAAUGUGUCAAUGAAUUUAACUUCUGGCAGUGCAGAGUUUAAUAUUUCACCACAAGAAAAAAAUUACUCUGGUCUAAGUGAUCAAAGUGUUCUAGGUUUGAAUCAUUCAAGUUUUCAAAGCCAUUCUCCAGAUAGAGGACAUUUAGGUUGUGUCAAUCUUGAUGUCACAGCCAUGAUUGCAUAUGUGUCAGCAACUUCUAAUGGUGGUGCCAAUUUCAUAUUUCAUGACAAAUUCUUAAAUGAACAAGCUGCCUGUGAAAGACUGGAUCCUGUAAAGAAAACCCUUCAUCAGUAUUUUGAGGGGAAAGAAUGGGUGGCUUGCAGGGAGGCUGUGGACCGCUUCCAGGAGAUUGUGGAUGUCAUAGGUGGCGACGGAGAGAAAGCAAGGGCCAAGGACCUGCUGGCAAGGCUCACAGUGGUGCCAGGCCAAGAUUUUUUCAAGGACAAAAUGAGGACAGGAGGCAAGAUCCGAGAACUACCGAGGAUCACCUUUGGCACCGGCCAGGCACUGCAGGCCAUCACUGUCACCUCCAACAUGGGCUUCAUCAGGGCAGCACAGUGUCAGGGUAUCAGCUUGGCUGUGUUGGUGCACCAGCCCCGAGCCCUCACUGAGGCCAAGCAAACUCAGGCUACUCCUCUGGAAGGGGUAUGAUGACCUCCCUGUGACUUAGGCCCAUAUUCUCAAACAUUUCAGGGUUGACACACACAAACACACACACACACUUUAGAUAAGGCCUUGUUAAAGGUUGUGUUGGUAUUUCCAUGGAUAGUUUAUGAGCCUGGUAAUAGUAUGACAAGGCCUCUGCACUAUGAAUGUGAAAAACACUUAUGAGAACCCAACUCAUCUCCUUCGUGGCCUUGGGAAAUAUUUGUUGUGAGAGCUAAAAGUGUCGGAGAAUUCAGGCCUGAAUCUCACUUUUUCCUAGAUAUCCCUCCACUUAUAUGUAUAUUCAUCUAUUACAUCAGGCUAUUUGUCUGUGAACUCUCAUAUCUUUUUAUUUGUAUCAUACAUUUUUCAUUUCAUCUAGCAUCAUAACAUGUUAUAGAAACUCUUACAUUGUUUAAACUCUUACAUUGUUUAUUUAUCUCAGCCUGUAGUAACUGUUGUUUGACUUAACAUUUGGGUAGCGUUAAAUUUUCAGGUUUCAACCUCUAAGAUAUGUACAUCAAGACUGUAUUUACAUACACACUCAAGCAGAUGUUGAUGAGCCUCUCCCAUACAUGCUGUCUGUGAGUUAAGAUGCUAGGUACAGGUCAGACAAAUACCAGUAAGAAUGUAAGUGAACCUUGGUAGCCACUGAAAGCCAUAUUGGUAAGAUCGAGAGAUCAUUAUUUGUCCUGCCGUGGGUUCAGUCCUUUGUCAUUUCCAUGGACAUCUGUCUAUAUUUCAUGACCAUGGAUGAUCUGAUUUUAAGUGUAUUAGAGUCCAGAUGUUGCAAGGUCACUGUUUUUUCAGACUUAGGAGUGAUGAAUUAUGGUGGAAGGAAGGGAUGAGACCUGGAUGGAUUCAUUUGAGUGAAAACACAC